GCUAUCAGGUAUAUCAACUACAUCUCUAUUACAUUCAGGUAAAUUUUCCUUAUCACAUUUUUGCCCAUCUAUUUCAGUAAAAUCUUAAUUUUACACAUUUUAUAUGAUAAUAUUACCUUUUCUUUUCCAAUACCACAAUGUUUGACGGGGAAUAUGUUUACUACUGCAUUGAAGAUAUCCCCUCCUUUUGGAACCACUGGAAGAAGUCUCCGAGAACUCAUCAUCUUGGCUGUUACUCAUUUUUUGUCGUUUUUUAUAUCUCCAGCAACUAGUCUUUGGCAUUGAAAUAGUACUGUCAGUGAGAUAAGACUUGUAUUUCCUUUUCCCAAUCAUAGCUUGUUUCAAUAUACAGGUAUAAUAAUUGCUAUACCUUCUACUUGUAAAACACGCACGCAAGUACAAUAACCUCACCCACGUAAUUGAUCGCGCAUGCGCGAGUGAGGUGCGAAAAACGUGCAGUUGAUGUGCUUCUGCUUUAGCCCGCUCUUUCUCCUUUUCUUUAUCUCUGCUUCAUAAAGCAUAACUUCAGCUCAUAAAGACAAGACAGAUGAUGAGUAAAUCUAGUAAGAGGCAAAGGAAACCAUCAGAGAAGGUGAAAGUAAGCGGGGAUGAUGGAGUCGAACAGCAGCUACCCGCACAAACUAUGUGGUGCACAGUAAAGUUAGAGAACAAAGAUGGUUCAGAAAAGGAACAUUUAGUUUGUAGCAAGUAUCUAGAAAAUGAAGAUGGAAGUCAAGUGACACUUAAAGAUUUGUAUUCUUUCAAUAAUGUUAUUUGGGUGCACAGAAAAGUUCCGUAUGAAGUUACCAUCAUGGAAACUCAUGUUAAAAAGCCAACAAAGCGUCGCAUUGUUGAUGAAUUGUCUCAUUCUGAUAGCUCAUCUGAUGAGAGUGAGGAAAUACCCGAAAGACCACUAAAAAAACAAAAAAGUGAUGAAAAAAUUACUGAAUAUAUUCCUUCUGAUAAUGAGGUAGAAACUGUUUCUCAAGACUCUGCUGGCUCACUUGAUGUACAAGAUUCAGUUACUACACCGGUAGCAUCUCAUUUAACACAAGAUUCAACUUCUUCUCCAAUGAUUAAUGGUUUUAAAGUUCCAUUUGCAACUCCUACUCAUUCAACUAAUGCAACUCCUAAUGGGUCGGGUAAAGUAACUCCUAUUCUGAAUCAGUCAACUGUGACAACUCCUAAAGCUGGCAGUCAACGUAAAUAUGAUCGUGAUGAAGAUGUAAAAGAUCGCUUAACUAGAAUUGAAAAAAAGUUGGAUAAAUUGAUAACGAGUGUGAGCACAUCAACUGGCAGGAUUGUUACUGACAACAAUGAUGAGGCCUCCUCAACAGACGCUACAAAUAAAAAAUACAUUACGGACAGUGGUGUUAAUUUACUCACUGUAAGAGCAGAGACACCAUCUAAAUAUGCAUUGUCAUUAAUGGACAUAUUCUUUACGGAGAUGGAAAUGGCCAAUUCCUGUUACUGCCCUUCAAAGAGAACAAAAAAACCUCCACUCAAUUCUGAUAAAGUAGCAUUUCUAGAAGAGUGUAUCCGGAAAAAGUUUUCCAUUGAUAUUAAGGAGUUCGAAGAGAAAUAUGGAUCAGUCAUUAGGAGGAAAUGUAUGCAAAAAUGUUUGGACAAAAACAGAACUAUUAAUGGCAUUAAAAAAGAAUAACUGACUGGUGACUAUUAUAAUAUGAACAAUUUGACUGUAAUGUGAGUUUUAUUGUUGUUAAUUAAUUAGUAAAGACAAUAAAGUUUUAUUGUAAUAAUUAUUGGUGAUGUUGUAGUUAAUCUAAUGAGUCAGCUUAUAUAUACACUGUGUUUAUUACUUGAUUAUGGCUGAUCUUGUCAGAACAUGCAUGGAUUAUUACCUGAUCUUGUCAGAACAUGCUUACAUUAUUACCUGAUCUUGUCAGAACAUGCUUACAUUAUUACCUGAUCUUGUCAGAACAUGCAUAGAUUAUUACCUGAUCUUGUCAGAACAUGCAUGGAUUAUUACCUGAUCUUGUCAGAACAUGCUUAUAUUAUUACCUGAUCUUGUCAGAACAUGCAUGGAUUAUUACCUGAUCUUGUCAGAACAUGCAUGGAUUAUUACCUGAUCUUGUCAGAACAUGCUUAUAUUAUUACCUGAUCUUGUCAGAACAUGCAUGGAUUAUUACCUGAUCUUGUCAGAACAUGCAUGGAUUAUUACCUGAUCUUGUCAGAACAUGCAUGGAUUAUUACCUG